CAUCAGUGGCUGCACAUACCAUGUAAUAACUUAUCUUUGCGUAUGAUAGGUGUAAUAUCAGAAUAUUGCCAUUUUAAUCUCAGCAUGAAAUUGAAUACUUAUUCGUAUUCCACUGUACAACGUUUCGUUGAGCUUACUGGGGGACGGAACAACACCCCCGUUGUACGCUCUGCCGAGCCUUUUAAAAGUAAAAGUGUAACGUUAACUUUUUUGCCGGUAAAAUGAGGUUAUAAUUGUAAACUUUAGAUGAAAACGGCGAAGCAGAAUAUGGAGAGUUACAGGUCGUCCAGUUGAAAACAACGAUUAUUUUCUGGCGACCCGUUAUUACACGAAAUGUUCGCAUACUCUAGCUGUGGAAUAACAUAUUGGUUAACUUACUAGCAGCUAGCCUUUGAGCUAGCCACCAUUUGGUCACCGGUAUGUAUAGGCAGCCAAUUAGCUGACUGUUACUUGCUUGACUCAACUUCUCUCCGCGGAUCACUGUGAACAUCUCAAGAAACGAUUCUAUAGUGGCUUUCUCCAGUGGAAAUACUGGCGGCGUUGGAGAGGUAACGUUAAGAGGCUCUAUCAUUAGCAACAUCUUAAAGGAUGCUGAUGUGUUCCUGUGAAAAAGUGGAUUAUAUCACCCCUCGCACCGUCGCCCGUCUGGUCUCUGAGGCCGAGCAGGAGAAUCGAAACGGGGGAAAUUCAUCAAAUGUGAGUACGGCCAGUAACUCUCCACGCAGCACCCCGGGCAGCUCCCCCUCCCUGCGCAGGCGCGUGCUGGGGGGGCGUGCCAGCGAGGGUGAGGGUUCCACAGAGAGGGGGGGCGGCGGCGGGGGAGCCGACAGCCCGCAGCCCCCCACCCCGUCGGCGUCCUCCACCUCCUCCUACCCUCUCUCCUCUUCCUCCCGACAUUUCUCCCGCAAUACUAAGAAAAUGCAGAGCUGGUACAAUGUACUGAGCCCUACAUAUAAGCAAAGGAAUGAAGAUUUCCGGAAAAUCUUCAAAAAGCUGCCUGACACAGAGCGCCUCAUUGUCGAUUACUCCUGCGCAUUGCAAAAGGACAUUCUGCUGCAGGGUCGUCUCUACUUGUCAGAGAACUGGCUCUGUUUCUAUAGUAACAUCUUCAGAUGGGAAACCACUAUCACCAUCCUGCUGAAAGACGUGACCACCCUGACGAAGGAGAAAACGGCCAAGCUCAUCCCCAACGCCAUUCAGAUCAGCACUGAACACGAGAAGCACUUCUUCACAUCGUUUGGGGCCAGGGAUCGGAGCUACAUGAUGAUCUUCAGGCUGUGGCAGAACGCGCUGAUGGACAAGACGCUCUCUCCCAAGGAGAUGUGGCACAUAGUGCACCAGUGCUACGGCACAGAGCUGGGCCUGACCAGCGAGGACGACGACUACGUCUCCCCCACGGCCGAGCACAUCAACGGCAUGCUGCCGGUGGAGGAGUCUGUCUCUGUAACUGACCUGCUGGAUUUAGCGGCGGUCCCCACCUCUCCAGUGGCCUCUUCCCCCCAGCCUGCCUCCGCCUCUGCCUCUGCCUCUGCCUAUGCCCUGCCCCCGAGCAGUCCCCCUGCGGCAGGGUCCUCCCCGGCCUCGUCCUCGGGGCUGCCCGUGGAUGUGCCAGCCGCCGGCGGCCGGCCUGGUGCCAGGGGCAGCUUCAGCGACGCGCCGGAGCCCAGCCCCCCCAACUCCCAGAGCUCACUGCCCUCCACUACGCCCCCCACCUUCACAGGGGGCGCGUCCGCCUCCACAUCCGCCAAUCUGGAGGAGUGUGGCGGGGAGACGCUGUCUGAGUCAACCAAUAAUCUCGCACCUCCUCCGACUCCUCACAACCUGUCCUCGCUGGACAUCACCAAUGACGACGAGCUGCCCACGGACCCCAGCAACUCCUCCGACACACAGGAAGAGAGUGAGGUGGAGGCGCUCUGUGCAGACCUGGGCGGCCGCUUGCACAUCAACACGGUGGUGCGCAUGAGCGUGGACAAGCUGCACGACCUGCUCUUCUCCGGGGACACGCACUUCAUCCAGCACCUCUUCUCCCAGCGCCACUUCACAGAUCUGAACGUGCGUGACUGGCAGCAGGACGCCACUGCUGGGAGCACCACGCGCGUGCUGAGCUACACCAUCGCCAUCAACAACCCACUGGGCCCCAAAACCGCCCCUGUGGUGGAGACGCAGACUCUCCACAAGAGCAGUGCGCGGGGCGAGAGCUACGUGGUGGACUCGGAGGUCAUUACCUCGGGCAUCCCAUACCAGGACUACUUCUACACUGUACACCGCUACUGCCUCACCUCCGUCAACAAGCACAAGAGCCGGCUACGGGUGUCCUCAGAUAUCUGCUACAGGAAGCAGCCGUGGAGCCUGGUGAAAGCCCUCAUCGAGAAGAACACAUGGAGUGGCAUCGAAGAUUACUACAGACACAUGGAGGUGGAAGUGUGCAAGCUGGAGACGCUGCUGCAGUCGGAGGUUACCGUGGUGACGUCGAGCGAGGCGGCGGCGGCGGCGGCAGACUCGGCCAAGACCCCCCCGGCGCUGCGGCGGCGCAAGCGCAACCUGUCGCGGCGCGCCGGGGAGCGGGAGGCGGCGGGCGCGGCGGGCGGCGGCGGCAUGGGAGGGGCGGCGGGCGAACGGGCCGAGCGGGGCCUGGCCGACGACCGGGAGCGGCGGGACACCGGUGGCACGUUUCUGAAGCUGGGUGAGAGGGCACGUGGCAUCGGCAGUAACAGCGGCAGCGGCAACAUCUCGACCGUGCUGCUCAUAGUCAGCUUCAUUCUGGUGGUGCUGGUGGCCCUGAACAUGCUGCUGUUCUAUAAGCUGUGGGCACUGGAGCGGGCGGCCCACACCCUGGAGACCUGGCACUCCUACUCGCUCACAGACAGCCCUCUUCCACAGUCGGCGGGCGAGUGGGCCCAGGUGCUGCAGCUGCAGCGGCAGUUCCACCAGGCGCAGCUGAGCAAGUGGCAGCAGAUCCUGCAGUCCUCCGUCACUCUCCUGGACCAGAUGAAACAGUCACUGGAAAAGCUGCACAAAGGAAUCGUUCCGGAAGAGCCUCAGGAGGACAUCCCUGCGGACCCCCCCACAGAGACACUUCCAGAACACUGACCCUCUCCCACCCCACCCCACCCCACUCUGGAGGACCUCACACACCCCGUCUGCUUAGAACCCCACCACUCAGCCUCCCAGUGUGCUGUUGGAACCACAGAGCAGCGCGGGGAGUGUCUGAGGGGACAACACACGGGGGCUGACUCUAUGUGUGUGUGUGUGUGUGUGAGGCAAGAAGUGGGGGGGUCAUCAUGCAUUAUGGGAGUUGAGAACGGAACGCAGUGGGGGGAAAACACCCAAAAGACUAGAUCUCCAUACAAAGGGCAACUGCGCACACAGAGCAAUUGAGCAAAUCGUUCCAAGCAUUUCAACAUGUCAGUCCUCCCCAGACACACCCUCUGGUCGACUACAGCAAUAAACUUCAUCAGUGACUUCUGCCACAUCCACAACCACAGCAGAACUGAGCUGGCCUUGAUCACUCAGACGAGGCAAAACGAGGAGUUUGUCACUUGUUUUUACUGGCCGCAAAGCAUCACCUCAGAACGGGUCACCUUGGAACCUCUCGACUGAGCUGCAACUUGAGCCAUCUUCCUGUGUGUCUCUCUCUUUCUCUCUCUCUCUCUCUCUCUCUCUCUCUCUCUCUCUCUGCGGGCGUUUCCUGGAGAAGACUGCGCCCUCAUCAGACAGAGCUGAAGCGAACUGAGCUGAGGGAGGCUCUGCUCUCCGCUCUCAGACACCCCCCGGUCGCGUGUCCCAGCCUACCAAACAGCAGAAGACUCAACUGCCUCCCGGCUGCACGUGCAACGCAGUCCGCUUCUCCCUCUCCUCUCCACUUCUCCUCGCGUCCUGUCCCCUUGUUCUGUCCGCCUUUUCUAAAAGAUAUACAGUAUAUAUGUGUAGUGGAGGACUACUUGAAAGACUUGGGUAUUGACUGAGAGGGUGACCAGCACUCCUCUCAGGAGGUCAAAGUUUGCCUGCCAUUCUGCAUGUUGGGGGUGGGAGGGGGUCAGUAGGCUAGAGAUGGUCACUAGUGGACCCUGUGUUGUGUUUUACUUUUAUUUGUUCGUUUUGUUUUUUUACUUUUCUUUUGACUCAAUACCUCCAGAGGUCAAUCGUGUGUGCGUUUGUUUCAUUAGAAGUCUUUUUCAGACUAUAAGAGAACCAAGACUGAUGCUACUCUACAAAGUGUGCGUUUGUGCGUGUGUGUGCGUGUGUGUGUGCGUGCGUGUGUGUGUGUGUGUAUGUUUGAAAAACCAUACUGAAGAGCAAGUUUGUGUAUCUUGAACCCUACUCAGUAUUUAUUGUAGAGACUCUUGGACUGAGAACCUCACUGUAACCCCCCGUGCGUAGGACGCGCUGCGCUCUGUGCUUGAGCUGUCAUCAUGGACCAAUUGGCCGAGAGAAGGCGCAGACGCAGACGCCUCAGCAGAAAGCUGAAAGCAGUCCCCCCCAAAAAAGCAAUAAUGAAGAGGGACGCCAGACUGCAGGACACAGAAACAAAAAUGGACGAAACUUGAAAGGGGUUUAUUAGAAAGAGCUACAGGCAAACUAGGGUGAGGCUAAUUGUUGUUGUUCUUAUAUUGUUUGUUUGUUUGUUUGUUUGUUUCCCCAUUGUGUCUUGAAAUUCAUCAAUUUGAGUGUGAGUGUGUGUGUGUGUGUGAGCGGACGUGUGUGUGGAAUGGACUUCCUCCCAGUGUCUUUCAAGGAUGAGUGCUCAUCAUCCCUUUGCCUGCUGUUACUGGUAUACAGUAUCAGGUUGCGUGGAACUGUAUUAUUAUGAACCAGAACUUGAACUUUUGGGGGUUCCUGUAGACUCUACCAGCUGAACAUAGAUGCAGUCAUUAGCUGUUUGUUGUAGUUCACUGGGCUGGACGCUGAAGGACCAAGCAGAACUUUUGAGGCCCGGAUGAAGAAAAAGGGAACCUGUCGCAGUAUUUGUGUUGGCGUGUUUUUAAUUUUUGUUUUGGUCUUUUAUUGCAUUUCAUGCUUUUGUAUCUGAUGUUGUGCUUUUUAUUAGUUGUUCUCGCCCUUCAAUAUCUUUCUCUGUCUCACCCUUUUAACCGUCCUUUGUGUCUUAAAUCACUUCUGUCUCUCUCUCUCUCUCUCUCCACUUCACUGUCUUAGCUUCACCCCUCCGUUUCCUCUCUUUCUCUACAUCGCUCUCUUCGUUUCACCCCUCUCUCUCUCUCUCUCUCUGUCUCUCUCUCUCUCUCUACAUCACUCUGUUUCCCAUCCCUCUCUCUGCUCCUCCGUCUCCCUCUCUCCUGCCCUGGUCUGUCAGUGGUGUUUGUCUAUGGGCUUUGCUGGGCACAGCUCUUGUGAGUAAUGAAAGGAUGUGUUAUUUAUUUGGGGACAGGGAGGGAGGGAGGAGGAGGAGGAGGCCAGCAAUAGAGGGAUGGAUGGAUGGAGGGUUUGAAAGGGAAGGGUGAAUGUACUGUAAAGAUUUGAUUGUACACACCAGAUGACAUGGAGAAAUAAGAACCUAUGAAAUA